GCUUUUCGUCAGUCUUCCAUCGAGCAACAGAAGCAGAAACAAAAUGGCACUUAAAGUCGUAUUUUUUGUGGCAUUCCUCGCAUUAGUGAAGGGCGGUAUCAUAGCACCAGCUGCACCCCUCAUUGCUGCAGCGCCUCCGGCACCACUUUUCAGAGCGGCACCAGCCCCAGUCUUUGCUCCAGCCCCUCUGGCCCGUGCAGCUCCACUUUCUGUUGUAGAUGCCGAAUAUGACCCCAACCCCCAAUAUUCCUAUGCUUACAACGUGGAAGAUGCUCUUACAGGAGACAGCAAAUCCCACAGCGAGUCCAGAAAUGGAAACGUCGUCCAGGGGAGCUACUCCUUAACAGAUUCCGAUGGUACAAGGAGGACUGUUGACUAUGCGGCUGACUCAGUUAAUGGAUUUAAUGCCGUCGUCCGGAGAGAACCCAUUAACUGA